UAUUGAUUCACUGAGUUUCUGGUUCGAACUCCUUGAAAGAAAGAAAGAGAGAGAGAGAGAGAGAGAAUCGAUGUAAAAAGAGUGAGAGUUAUCAGUUUUCUUCAUCUUCUCAUCACCACCGUUGUCCUUUCAUCAUCUUUUUCAUUCAUUUUCUCAUCUUCUUCUGUUGUUACUCCUCCACAUUCACUCAUCCUCAUCCUCAUCCUCUUCUCACCAACACAACAUCAAUGAGAUAAAAGUGAUCACAGAAAAAUUAUCUCCAAUUGAUGAGUGAAAAUUUUACCAAUUUUCGUUUGAAAAAAAAACAACCACAAUAUUCAUCAUCUAUUUCUCCAUCCUCAUCCUUUUUUGUUUCCCUGGUUCCAAAACUUGAUUCUAAUUGUUGAUGAUAUUUUUAUAUAACUACUUUCACCUUUCAUUAUUGUUAUUUGUUGACUCUUGGUGAGUAGCAUCAUCUCAUCUGAGUGUUCAAUUGAAACAGUCCCUGUGGAGGAAAAUCAACAAUUCAUAAUAUAUCUGGUAUACAGUUUUCCAUGAUCACAAUUAACUGUAAACCAAAUUAAUUGCAAUCAUCUUCUGGUCAUCUUUCUAAUGAUUAGCCAUCAAUUUCAUCUUUACCCUUCUUAUAAGUAUAACUGUUCAGCCUGAUGAUGGAUCCAAACAUAGAGUAGUUAAUUUACAAUUGAACCAAUCGAUUGGAAUCCAAUCCAUUAUCAGGCCGAUUUUACAAUUACAGAUUCUAAACAAUUAAAUCUAAGGAGGAAGUUAAUUAAUUCAGUGUUUCCUUUACUCUAUCCAAGGUGUUUGCUCAACAAUGGCUACUAAACAAGCGACUUUCACAGCCAAAAUUAGGAAUCUUCAAGAAUCAUGUAAUCGGAUAACAACAGGAGCUUUUCCUCAGCCCUCAGCGGCCGAUAUAACAGCGACACUCAAAUUUUUCUCUCAAAUUUUACUCAGUGUUCUGAAAGAUGCUCCAAGUAUGUCGAUCGAGGUGAUAUGUUCACCGGAAAGAGAUCACAAUCGAACCUCAAUGUUUCCAAGUUUAGAUUAUAAAAGCCUUUAUUCAACCUUAAUUCAACUUCUCGAGCUUCUCCCUCACCUUCAAUCGGGAAUUCAGACGGUUGGUCAAACAUUAUUACACACGUUAAGUUGUUUGGUACCUUUUUUGGAGCACGAGUUCAUGGACACACUGCCUUACAUUGUAGCCUCUUCAAUGGCUAUUCUACCGAGUGCCCUUCACAAAGAUCUACUGGACAUGUUAUGUUACAAUCUCUUACCUUUUACCAUAAGAAAUCGAGAUGGUUUUGAUAAUCAAAAUUUCACCAACAUUUCAGUUUCAGCGAUCAUGAUGAAUGUCUUUUUUUACACCGAUUCACCAUCUUAUUAUACUCAGUUGAUUGAAACUCUGAUGAAAUUAAAAAAAGACGUUGUCAAGGAUUUAUUUUGUGUUAUCGCUCAUGGGACAGUUAAAGCCCGUUGUCCAGCAGUUGAAUUACUUUUCCAAUAUUGGCCUGAACUGAAUCCCUCACCUUUAGAUCGUAAAGUUUUAUCGGAAAAACAUAUUAUCUGGUCACCAUUAUCAUGUCAACAUGAAAAUUGUGCAUCAAGUUUGUCUAAUGAAGCGGUUAAAAUGUGUAUCGAUCAUACAAUUGCAAUUGGUUCUGGUGAUCGAGCACCGCCAAUGUUGAUCUGUAUCGAGUGCGCUGAUCAAAUUUAUAAAGGUAAAUCACGAUCAACCCUGGUGGACAUUUUACUUCCCAUGGAAGAAAUAUCUUAUACCUGUGUUAACAAAGCGUGUAAAUCAUCAAUAGCUCAAAAAAUAGCGGUUGCGACUUGUUUCUCACCAGAAUGUGUCAACUACAACUGUAAUAAGCCUGUUCGUUACUGUGCUCUUUGUGAUUCCUGUAAACACUCAUCAACUGAAUCAAUUGAUCAUGUUGUCCAUCGUACGAUAACAUCACCAUGGAAAAUGGAUCCAGAAACUCAAAGUUAUUUCAUCGAGGCAAUAGUUAACCUACUUCGAGAAGCUCAACCGAUCACAGAGAAACCCGGUAAAGAGGCAACAUCAACAAUACAAUCUUCGGGCAAUAAAAUGUCCACCAGUGGAGUUGGUGGAGGUGGUGGCGGUGGUGGUGGAAUUGGAUCAAGUAAUAUACCCGGUGGAAUGCCGACUGAAGAGUCUAAUGGUAACAUGGCUUUAGAGGAGAGACAAUUACUUAGUCGUUAUGGUGUUUGGCUGAUUACAAGUCUUUGUACUCCGAUCGAUGAGACACCCGAUGAUGUUUUAGGCCGUUUAUUGAGUAUACUUUUCCAAUGGUUUCAUUAUACCGCUUGUCUACCCGAUGAUCAGGCUGGAUCGGCGUUGGAACGGCUUAAGGGUGAAUGUAUUCAUGGCUGGUUAAUGAAAGUGGUUAAAACUCAUUUUCAUGUUUUCUCCAAUUGUUUACUUCCACACCCUGCUGAUUAUGCCAAAGUCGGAGGUCACUGGGAUUGUUGGCCUUCCCAAACUAAUCAAAUUAAGGAAGGAUUUAAGCGACUCCUUUGUCUAGUACCUUAUGACAUAAUUACACCCGAAGUUUGGUCUAAUAUUAUGCCUUAUUGGAUGGAGUGUUUUCGCCAUGAAGUGCCUGAAGAUGAACUCGCUGAAUUGAAAAUUCUUUUGAGUAAAGUUCUUGAUCCAGAUUUAUCCCCGUUAGGUCUUAGUCCAAAACAAAUGUACGAAUUUAUCAGCGUUAAAUUUAAUAAUACGGUUGCUCAGGUUCAAGAACAAGCUCUUUACUGGAUCCAGAAAUUAACCAUGUUGGAAGUUCCGGUUCCGUUGAAAUUACUUUUAACUAUGUUUAAUUCUGGAGUAAAAUCUUUGUCCAAUCCUGAUCGGGCUAAAGUGCCUUUCUCACCAAUUUACAAAGUUUCAACUUAUCCGAUUCCAAGUCCAAAUGAACGAUUCAAAGAACCUCGAUUUGGGACCAGUGGACAGCAACAACAAUCGGCCAAUGGACAACCAACACCAACAAGUAAUGGACCAGAUGAGAUUAUAACGGAAUCAUCAACAGACCAAUUACAAUUUCCAAUCAAUGAUGAUAAUCUUAACCUUACAUGUUUCAUCCUAAUGUUGGAUAUUUUAAUCAAACAAAUGGAGCUUCAAGAUAUACCUUCUCAUAAAGGAUUAGAAAAUCGUGAUAUCGAACCUGUUUUAACCUUAAUGUUGGACAUAUUAUUAACUUCGUGGCCAGGUAAUCAUAAUUGUGACCAAGAGGAUGAUUAUCGUCAUACAAGUGAUAAAGAUGAAGCUCAAUCGGUUCAGUGUCAAUAUUGUGAAAUGAUUGCAAUUUGGUAUCAAUUGGGUUUGGUGUUGAUGGAAUAUUUUUGCCCUGUUAUGGAGGCCACAAUGAUCGAUAUUCCCUUUGAACCUAUUCGAAAUUUGAACACAAUGACCUCUGACCCUAAAUGUUCAACUGGUAAAGAUGAUGGAUCGGCAACAUCGGCAGAAAAUACAACAUUAGAUGGAACCAAAUCAGCAACGAUUGAGGUGUUUUCUGAUGCUUCCGGUCAACGAUUACCAGAAAUUGAAUCAGAAUCACAGUUAAGUUCAAGAGUUUUACCAACAGAUGAUGAAAACUGUUUACUGACCACUGGUCAUUUUCAUGUUACCUCUGUAAAUGUAAUGGAUGCAACCAACUCAUCGGAACCUGAUAAACCAACGAUCAUUGACCAACGAGCCGGUGGCUGUUUCUGGUUCACCACCCAAGGAAAAUUCAAAUUUAAACUUGAAGAAUUACCUGUUCAACUCAGACUUUUACAUGUUCUACUCAACAAAUUGUCCAGUUCAUCCGAUGCUGAUGUUUUAUAUCAUAUUGUUUAUAUCCUCAAAUUGAUGGCACUUCACUCUGAGAUCCUCAAUAAAGCGGCUAAAAAUCAUCGAGGUUUCUUGAUCUGGUGCCAGGAGAAUCUAUUAAUUCCUAACCUUUGGUCACUUCUUCAGUCCGAAUUCAGUCAAAUAUCUCAAUUAACUGUUCCCCUGCUUCUUCAUUGUAUUACUCUACCUGCUGGUCGUGAGGUUUUCCUCAAACUGGUUGAAGGCGAUUUCCAUGAUUCUGAUUGGCGAAAGCGUUUCACUGCCGUUGAAAGAGUGACCACUAUUGCUCAUUUUCUAGAAAGCUCAGUGGUCAAAAGUUCCCCUUCCCUUCAAUCCUCACUGACCAAUGCUAUUUGUUACCUUGUCCAUUGUCUCGAUGACAUCGAAUCAACUGUCGCUCAGCGAUCUCUCCUCAACUUGGAAUCAAUCAAAACAACGUCACUGAAACUUUUGGUUUGGUGUCUCGAAGCUCAAUUUGAUUUGGUUCUAAUCGAUAGGCCAAUAAUCCUGCAAACAAUUUUCCAAUUGUACAAUCAUCUUUCCGAUCGACGCUUUUUAACUUGGGACUUUUUUCUCAACCGUUUUGAUGCUCUUUUCUUGGAAGCUCAGGUCAACCUUGAACGACUCGGUGAAAUAAGUUACACCCGUGAUUUGAAAAACACCAACGUCAACUCAGAAAUGUACCAGAAAAAGUUGACUCGAGUCCAUGAGGCCUUGUCGCAGGCUCAUCUUUCCCGUUCACUGUCCUUCUCUUUUGGCGGUAAAUUUAGUGCGAAUGCCAAAAAAGCAGCAACGGCUUCUGAUCCCUCAGCGAAACAGGCAGAUAAAAGUGUCCUCCGUCAGGCCGUUGCUCCAGCGGUAAGACGAAAAUCAUCUCGAUUUACUGGUAACUCAGCGAUACCUGAUAAAUUCCGGCACUUGCCCAAUAACUUUUUCACCGAUAAUCAAUUGAAAGAAAUUGCUCAGGAAGAGAAUCACAUCAUGCACGUUGUCCAUAAAAUCGUCGAACUCGAAGAGCAAGAUCGAGAUACAAUGCAUUCACUUAUAUUCUUAUUGAUGCAAUUUCUUUCCCGACCCGAUCAAUCUCACCCACAGGAGGAAAAAACCAUGGCUCGUAAUCAGCAAAUUGUCUUGCGACAUUUGAACAUUUUACUUGGAUUUUCACCAUCAGAGAAACAAUUUCUUGUAACUGCAGUUAAUUUGAGGACAUUUCCCGUUUUCAACGCUGUCAUCGCUUCCAUGCCCAAAGUGUUGGACUUUAAUUUUAAAAUGGGCAACAUGCUAUUAGGAACCUUUUUACCUCUUCUCAUUUUUUGUCCCUCAUCGCAAAAAUAUGUCGCCGAUCUCAUGGUCAAACCAACCUACUCCCUUUGGUACCUUCAACCGCACGUACGAGAAUCAUGGCUCAUGUCAGUUCUAAUUAUCCUUUACAAGUACACUUAUAAUGCUACUCCGAUAUCGAAGCACAUUCAAGCAUUGAUAACGAUAGUUAUGAAUACAUUGGAAGCUCAAUUCCACCAAUGUCGUACCACCAGGGAGCAUUUCAGUCCAGUUCCGUCAAGAUCGAGAGAUAUGAGCGCCACUUCCAUGGAUAUUGAAGAUCAAGUUGAACCCGAAAUGGAGCCAUUGUUCAGAGCGGAAGAUACUUCGGCUCCGAUUUUUACGACCGGUUCUAGCGAGGAUUCUAUCGAUGGUGAUGGUGAAGGUGAACCUGAACUUGAAGUUAUUCUCGAAAGUCCAAAAUCUGAAGAGUAUGAUGAAUCUGAUGGGGCCAGUUUAUCGGCUGGUGGGACUAAAGAAAAAAUUUCUUGUCAAGAGAAAGAAACUAAAGUUAUUCAAAAAGAAAUUGAUUCAUUUGUUAUUCCAAUGGGAACUAAAGAUGAUGAUGAAACUAUCGACAAAGAAGUGAUAACAUCCAGACCAGAAUUUCCUCCGAUAGUACCAACAGAAUUGAUUGAGAAGCCAAAGUCACAGGAAAUAAAACAAGUCCAGGAAACGGAAAUGAUUCAAAUGCCAAUAAAUGAUGGGCAAGAAAAUGAAGAAGAAUCGUCAGAUUCAACUGGCCGAUCAAAGUCCAAAAUUUCCCGAUCCCCAUCGCCGAAAACAAGUAAUCAACUUACGAGUGAAGGUUCAUUCAAAUUGAAACGAACUGAUUCAGUUUACGACAGUGAAACAAGUGAAUCAAAAGAGAUCGAGAUAACUAUUGAUACAACUCCAGGUUUCCCAUUUUCGAUAACGGAAAAGGUCACUUCGGAAGAGAAACGAAGAACCAAACAAGGAAUCAGUAAAGUUCUGAAAAGUUUCAACGAAGAUACUAACCAACAAUCAACUGAUUCUCAGGUUCAACCAAGUGAACAAAAGAUAAUCUCUGGUGGUGGUAAACCAACUGGAGGUUGGAAGUUACUUGAUGAUCCUUCAAGUAAACCGAUUCUACCGAUUAAACCUGCACCCGAACGUUUAUUACCCAUUGGACCCGCCGUUCGAUUACCAAAAAAACCCGGUUCUCCUUCGUUCUUUUCAACGCCAAGCUCACAGACGACAGUUACAUCGCCACCUCCUCUAUUACAAUCGAUGACUCAACCAACUCAAUUAGAACUUGGAUCUUCAUCUUCAGUACCGUUUUCAAAUAUUCCAAUAUCUCGUCCAUCUUCAUCCGAAUUACCUCAACUCUCAAUACCUCCAACGGAGCGUUUACUGCCGAUCGGUCCAACUCCCCCUUUCAAAAGUCCUCGUUCAAUUGGGAGACAAUUCUUUUCACCUCCACGUUCAACUUGGCCUGAAGAUAAUCGUCCAAGUUCAUCUGUAGAUUUGGUGCCUAAAACUGAAUUAAGCUCAAAAGAAAGUGACCACGAAUCAUUUUCUCGUCAAAAUUCUGACACAAAUAAACAUCGAAAACUCAGAGAACCAUCACCUUCCCCUGUACGAUUGAAAUCAGUGAAAUCUUCAAGUAUAUCUCAAGAUAAAAUGAUCGAAAACAUGGAAACAUCGGACAAACAAGUGACCGAUGAAGAGCAAAUCUUUACACCUCCACGAACUUCAAGUGUCGAUAAAGAUGAAACAUCAAUUGUGAUUCCAAGUGAAAUUGUGAAAAUUAACCAAACAAAUGAUUCUAAUCAACAGCAAAAUCAAACAUCGAGUUCCACCGGAAAAGUUAAAUCAUUAGUCAAAGAAUCAACUAUUGAUGUCGAUUCUAUUAAAUCAUCCGAUAAAAGUGUUCCCUCUGAACGGAAUGGAAAACCGAUUCGAGCUCCAUAUCUACAAUCAUUGAAGAAAAAUUCACUUGAUCAAAGUAUAUCGAUCGAUAUUCCUGAAAGUGAUCUAAUCGAAGUGAAAACAUUGCCUUCUCAACUAAUCGAAAAACCUAUUGAUUCAUCUGAUAAUAAUCGCAACAACCUCGACAACAGUGACAACAAUCUCAGCGACAAUAACAACGACUUCAACUUCAACAGUUACAACAAUUAUUUCAACAACUACAACAACAACACCGGUGAAGAAAGUAAAACUUCACGUCCUUUAUUUAAGCCCAAACGUAAGCGUAGACCAACCGGAGGUCAAACAGAGACACGAACAGCUGAUAUCAGAAGUAGCAAUAUUCAAAGUGCCGGUGUUGCCGCUGGGGUUCAAAGAAGAGCUCGAAAAAUUGAUGUUUCCACUUCAGGCACCACCGGUUUACCGUCUAAGAGAUCAAGCACUUCACAAUCGUCGUUAGCGCUCGCCGAGGAUUCUGUCAAUGAACGAUGCUCAUCCUGUGGCUCAAUUCUGGAAGAGUUUUCGGAAGAUGAAAUCGGAAUGUGUAUCGUUAUACUGGGAAGUUAUGUCCAUCGAGAACCCGCCAUGUCAGCGCCCUUAUUACCCGAUAUGCUUAAACUCAUAUCAAAAUUUGCUCUACACACACCAUACCCUUGGCAACAUGAAAGUCAAAAUGUCCACCUACCCGGAUGCGCUCGUACGAUUGCUCAACAAUUUUUCCGUUGUACUCUCCAACAAUUAGCCUCUAACGGCAUUUUCCAGCAAAUUUUCAACUCGCAUUUUCCAGACUCUGAAUUUUUCAAAGCAAUGGCGACAUCGCUCACCGAUUUCAUGGACACCAACCAAGUGACACCAUUGACUAAACUUUUAGAGGGAUUCAAUGAGAAGAAACAUUUACCCCCUAAGGCGCAAUUGUUUCACGUUCUAUCGAAUGCCGCUCAUUACAUGGAGUGUAUUCCAUUGGAAAUGGUUUCUCAACAGUCUUGGAAUACAUUUCUACCCAUUUUUGAUACAUUUCUACGAAAAAUGGAAUAUAUUUUCCCUUCCGUUUCCGGUGAAGUUUGUGAUCUUACCCCCGUGAUAAGAAUGAUGUUAAUCACUCUUAAAUUGUCUUGUCUCAAUAAUCACCGAUCAAUCCUUGAACCUUAUGCUAAAUUUGUAAGCCAAUCGAUUCAACGAAGUCCAUUAGGUUAUUCUCAACUUCUCGAACUUUGUCACUACUCUGGAAGAGUAUUUUCUAAAGAUCGUGAUCGAUAUUUUCUUACUCGAACGAUUGUCGGUGAACUGAUUGGUGCCAUUCGCUUCAAAACAUUCAUUCCCGACGAGAAUCUCAUGAUGUUGGUCCAGUUUGUCCUUCAAGAUCUCGAUGGCACUUUGGUCUACUCUGUGGUUACCGAACAUCUUAAGCCCAAUUCAGAUCCAUCCAUAGAACAUUUUAACACCAAUGCUUGCGAAUUCAUCAAACCUUAUGUCAACGAUAUCAGUGAAUUCAUCACUGAUGUUCAUACACUCAGUCGAAUCAAGAGUACAUUUUUGGGAACUUGUAUCCACCUGAAUGAGGAAACAAUUGGUGGACAUUUGAAAGCGGGAUUAUCACAAAUUCUUGCCCUCGAGAUAACCAAAAGUAACGGACGAGACCAUCGAGCGGUCACUCGAUACUUACCCUGGUUGUACAGUUUACCUUCAGUCCAACAAGGGCCGAAAGAAUUUCUUGAUUGUGUUGCUCAUAUUCGUAUUCUAUCAUGGAUACUUUUGGGUUCGUUGCAACAUUCAGCACUCAUGCAGCACCAUCCGAGUUAUUCACUGUCACAACCUAUUCCGUUGGAGGCCAAUGGUCACAUCGCUGAACAUAUUCAAGUGAUUCUCGCAGGAUUUGCUGAACAAUCAAAAGCCUCGGUCAUUCAUAUGUCCAGUUUGUUUCAUGCGUUCAUCUUGUGCCAACUUUGGACUAUGUACUGCGAAAACAUAUCGGCACAAAAUCCACCCGGAAGUGAACAAUAUCAACAAUGUACUUUAACGUUAUCCGAUUUUUGGGCGAAAAUCACUCCAGGAAUAUUACAAUUAGUUUGCCAUUCGAAAGUGGAUGAACCACCUCAGUUAGCUGAAAUGGUUUCAUUACAUUUCCUCAGUCUUAUGGAAGCUUUAAUGGAGUGUAAUUCAAAUAUUCUUGCCCGGUUAUUACCAAUGUGGGUUCCAGUUUUCCGUAGUUACGAAGGUCAACUUUCCGGUCAUCUUCAGGUUCGAUUACAAACUUGUAUCAAUUGGCAACCACCUCCACAAAUGAGACAAGAUUCAAUUAAUAAUAAAUCAUAUCCAAGUCCAAUGUUACGUUGGCUUCAAAAGUUACAAUUUAAAAUGGGACAGAUUGAAAAUCAAUCAUCAACAGCGAUACAAUUUUAUUGUAUGUGAACAAUCAACGUGAUAAUCAACAAGUCAACAACUUAAAUGAUUAUCCAAUUAACUGGAAUCAUCUAAAAUCAAUUGAAAUUAAUCAAUUUUAAAACCAUCUACAAUUUAAACUCAGUGAAAUGUUAUUAUUUUGAUGAUUUAAAAGCAAAAAAUUUACUUCGAAAUCAUUAACAGUUAAAUUGUCUAAAUUGUUACAUUAAUGUCUUAAUUAAUACUAUGAAAAAAGGUGAAGAUAGAGAGAGAGAGAAAAACAAUUAAUCGUUAAUUGUAUUACUUGGGUUAAUUUGGGAACAAUAUCGACAAUUGAUUCAACAAUUAGCAUUUUCAACAGAUCAUAUUGAUUAGAUUGUAAUUUUAUUAUACAA